AUGGAACAACAACAGCAACAAAAAGAAUUUAUCUAUGAUAAGCCGCCACCACCUCCUGGAAGUGUGCCUGCUUCUGGUCAUUCUUUAGAUUCGUCCGGCAAUACAGUUAAUAACGGUAUGAAUCAAACCCGAAAGAGAAAUCAUCCUUCAGUAAACCGGGGGCCCUCAAAAAGAGCCCGAGGAGGACGCAAUUUUCGGGGCGGUGGAAUUCAUGGACAGCAUGGAGGGGGAGACAAUGUAGUGGAUGGUAUUGAGUAUUUACGCAAGAGAAACAUCUCAUUGAAUACACCUGAAGAAAUAAAUUCUUGGAUCCAAGAAAGGAAAAGGAACUGGCCUACCGAUAAUAACGUAACUUUGAAGAAGGAGAAAUGCAUGAACGAGAGCAAAAAAAGAGAAGAAGUCAAAGAUCAGUCUCAACCCUCAACUUCAAAUGGAUCUGCGAAGCGUCAGGCUCCCUAUUCUUCUAAUCUACCUUUCUCUGCAAAAAAGAGGCAGAAUCUGUACUCGAAGCUUGUAUAUAAUCAGGUAGAGCAGGAAAAUAUCUUUUUACUUCAGUUCUUCAAAGUCUUAAGUGAACAGUCAACAACAUCUACAUGA